AGAAGGUUCUACUAGAAAGGUAUGUUGUAUAUUGUAGCAUAAAGUGAGGACAUUUGAAGCUGAAUAUCUGUGCUUCUAGGACUAGACUUGAACAUGGAAAGACUCCCUGUAGAGCUGACAGUGGUACGGUCUCAGCCUGGUCCAGUUUCUGAUGGUCAGUGGAGCACAGGACUAUGUGAAUGUUAUGGGGACAUGAGCGACUGUUGCUUUGCUCUCUGGUGUUUGCCUGUGUUUGCAUGUAAGACAAGCAGAGCUGCAGGAGGAUGUGUGUGUUUGCCUCUGCUGGACUGCGUGAGCUGUGUGCCUCCAGCGUCCCUCGCUAUGCGUGCUGCAGUAAGAGAACGCUAUGGCAUAGAGGGCAGUGUCUAUAGCGAUUGUUUCUAUGGCUGCUGUUGUUAUCCUCUGUCCUGGUGUCAGAUUUCUCGAGAGAUUAAGAGAAGAGCAGCUGCCCUGUCCAAUGCCCAGACUUCAUCAUAUUCUUCUUCCUCAUCUAAAAGAUGGCAUGUGCCACUCUUCCAUCUGUCUAACGCUCACCUUGUAUAGAAGUCAAUGGCUCUUGGAUGUUUAUUGAUCGUAGCAGAGAUUAGGAACCCAGUGAAUGGACGGUCUGUUACUGUAUAUCUGGUCUGUCCAGUUCACCUGAGUAGAAAAAGUGUCACACUAAAGUAAACACAAAUUUUGGGGGGGAUUUGUCAGAGUCCAAAAAUUUGCACAAUUUAUCCUUGAGAAAACUAGUUGUGAACUUUUCCCUACUGAAUUUCAAAGAAUGCUGUCUUUCUGUAUAUGCCAAAGUCCUGACUGUGCCAUGUUAACCUUUGGUGUUUUACACAUUUAUGUAUUUUUUCCAUCUUAUUAUAUAUAUAUUCUUUUUUUUUUUACUUCUGUUCCAUUUACAUUUUCUUUGUAUCUGUUGUGUAACUGUUGUUUCUGUAUGAAUACUUCAGCAGAUUUGUUUGUUAUGGUAAAAUCAAUUGUAAGAACAUGACUUGAAGACUAUUAAAAAAGUCU